UUACGAAUAACUGUACAUGGUAGAAUUCUCUAUAAAAAAAACUAGUUUUUUCGACUUCGAGGAUUCGUUUACCACGUUCGUUUUUUUAAUCCAACUUUUGUUUAAUAACACACAGAUGAAAAUUUCUACGAAAUGAAGAAGCGCCUAGAAAGCAGUAAGGAAGACCGUUCCAAAAACAAUCGCAAAAUUGUCAAAAACAACGCUACAAAACCGGUCGAGGAUAAAAAAGAAGAAACAUCAUUCGAUGACGAUGCCGAUCCCAAUCAGGGUUUUUCAACAUGGUUGCGUUCAGAAGACGGGGUAGAGAUGAUGCGACUUUUCGUAAUGGCAAAUUCCCUUCUGGUUGUGGUAACAAUGGCAUGGCCAAGUAUGCAACAAACUUUCUCCAUUAUCCGAGAUAUGAUUAUGGGUGAAGAUGAAUAAAAUAUUUUAUAAAUAUUUAUACCCGUAAAAUUUGAUCAAUAUUUAUACAAAAAAAAUAUUAAAUAAAAGCAAUAAGGACUAAGAAGCCCUCCUAACUUAAAAAAAUGCUU